UGCCUCCUGGCGCCAUGCGAGGCUUAGGGCCAGGUCUGACGGUGCGGCGACUCCUCCCGCUGCGGCUACCCCCGCGGCCGCAGCGGUCGCCCGCACCCCGGCUGUCGAGCGGGCCGGCGGCGGUGGGCGCCCUGGAGCGGGCCAUGGACGAGCUGCUGCGCCGCACCGUGCCCGCGACGCCGGUCUACGAGCUGCGGGAGAAGACGCCGGCGCCCGCCGAGGGCCAGUGCGCGGACUUCGUGAGCUUCUACGGCGGCCUGGCCGAGGUGGCCGAGCGCGCCGAGUUGCUGGGCCGCCUGGCGCAGGGCUUCGGCGUGGACCACGGCCAGGUGGCCGAGCAGAGCGCCAGUGUGCUCCAGCUGCGGGAGCAGCCGCGGGAGGCGGCCGUGCUGCUGCAGGCCGAGGACCGACUGCGCUACGCCCUGGUGCCGCGCUACCGCGGCCUCUUCCACCACAUCAGCAAGCUGGACGGCGGCGUGCGCUUCCUGGUGCAGCUGCGGGCCGACCUGAUCGAGGCGCAGGCCCUCAAGCUGGUGGAGGGGCCGCACGUCCGGGAAAUGAAUGGCGUGCUGAAAGGCAUGCUCACAGAAUGGUUUUCCUCGGGGUUCCUGAACCUCGAACGGGUGACCUGGCAUUCACCAUGUGAAGUGCUCCAGAAAAUCAGUGAGUGUGAGGCUGUGCAUCCUGUAAAAAAUUGGAUGGACAUGAAACGACGCGUUGGACCAUACCGAAGAUGUUACUUCUUUUCUCACUGCUCAACCCCCGGGGAGCCCCUGGUGGUCCUGCAUGUGGCACUGACCGGCGACAUCUCCAACAACAUUCAGGCGAUAGUGAAGGAGUGUCCUCCGUCGGAAACAGAGGAGAAGAACAAAAUCGCCGCCGCCAUGUUCUAUUCCAUCAGUCUUACCCAGCAGGGGCUGCAGGGGGUGGAGCUGGGGACCUUCCUCAUAAAGCGAGUGGUGAAGGAGCUCCAGAAAGAGUUUCCUCACCUUGGGACGUUUUCAAGUCUGUCUCCUAUACCUGGCUUCACCAAAUGGCUCCUGGGGCUCCUGAACUCACAAGCAAAGGAUCAUGGGAGGAAUGAGUUAUUUACAGAUUCGGAGUGUAAAGAAAUCUCGGAGAUCACAGAGGGUUCCAUUAAUGAGACCCUCAAGGUCUUUCUCAGCAGCAACGAAUGGGUGAAGUCUGAAAAGCUGGUCAGGGCGCUCCAGGCUCCCUUGAUGAGGCUCUGUGCCUGGUACCUGUAUGGAGAGAAGCAUCGGGGCUACGCCCUGAACCCCGUGGCAAACUUCCACCUGCAGAAUGGAGCUGUGAUGUGGCGCAUCAACUGGAUGGCCGACCUCAGCCUCAAGGGCAUCACUGGCUCGUGCGGCCUGAUGGUCAACUACCGGUACUUCCUGGAGGAGACGGCCACAAACAGCACCGCCUACCUCGGCUCCAAGAACAUCAAAGCUUCUGAGCAGGUCCUCAACCUGGUGGCCCAGUUCCAGAAGAACAGCAAACUUUAAACCUUUCUGAAGCAGACGGAGACAUCCUUUUCUGGGUGGGUCGGGGUGGCGAUGUAUAGAAGGGAACUCUCAGUAAAGCCGAGUUACACUGUGUUCUCUUGCCCGCAGCAGGGUUACACUGGCAGGCCGGGCCCUAACUUGCAUUAUGCAGUCCCUGACUGUGGUGGGUACAGGUGGACACGGACUGGGUGGGGAUGCAGUGCUCUCUCCAGAAGACUCUGCUGUUGCUGUGGCCCGGCUGCCUGCCCGGGGUCGGGGCUGCGGCACCUGUCUUUAGAAAGCUUCCGGAUCCUCUGCUGGUGGUUGUCCCAGGUGGAUCCGCCAGCCUCACAGGCCGGGGGCCCAGGUGAGAACAGAGUUUUCUUCGUGCUCACAGCAUAAUUCAGCCGUGGGGACUCCAGCCAUCGCUCUCCACUUACGGCAAAGGGAUAGAGGACUCACUACGUUUUACUACUUAUAUUUUGGAGAUCACAAAUGUCUGGAACGGUUCAUGACUUUGCACAAAGUUUACUACGUUAAAUCACCGAACACAAAAUGUGGUGUUCUCAGGGCUUAAAUUCAGUUAUGGACUUUUAAAUUUUAGUGAUUCAAGUUCAUAAUGAACUUUAUAGUAAAGAACAAGUUUGUUCUGUGAAUCAUUAAA